AUGAAGAACAAUGAGCAAGGAGAUGUUUCAGUUCUUAUAAAGAAGAUUGAAGAGACGGAGAGAAAUUCAAGAUCCAAAAUUGAAGUCUUAAUGGCACAUUCCAACUGCCUUCAAGUCAAGAUGAACAAAAUGAAUUCAAACAACAUCGAAGCUUCAAGUCUAAUAAACAACCCAAACAUCAAAUCCAACACCAACACCAACACUAACACCAACACCAACACCAACACCAACACCAACACCAACACCAACACCAACACCAACACCAACACCAACACCAACACCAACACCAACACCAACACCAACACCAACACCAACACCAACACCAACACCAACGAGAGCAUGAUACUAGAAUUGGCUGCAUUAAAAACAGAGAACAACCGUCUACACAAUACAAUAUUCGAAAUGGAGAAAGAAAAUAGGAAAACAGUGAGUUAUCAAAACAACAUCAUAAAUAAGUUAACCGACGAGAAUAAGGAAGUGAAACAAAUAGUGGAGAAGAAGAUCAACGAGACAGUUGGAGAGUUACGUAAGAAUUUAGAAGACCGAAUUCAAAUGAUGAGCAGGAGAAUAAAUGUGGCAGAACAACUUCAUAUCGAGAACAAGGAAGCCUACAUGAAAACAAGAGACAAGUACUCGAAAGAGAAGACUGACAUGAUAAUUAUUGAGGACAUGGUGAAGGAACUCAACAGGGUGGGAGUUAAGUUCGAGGAAUUCAGCGAUGAUAUUAUGAAGAGGGUUUCGACGUUUUCUUGUUGGGCUGUGUUUGUGAAGGAAUGGGCUAUGAAGAAAGAAAUAGAGGAGAAGGAACAAGAAGAAGAGAUAAUGGAAUUAAGGGAGAAGUUGAAGAAAAUGGAGAAGGUUGUGAAUGAGAAGGAAGAAGAGAUUGCUAUGAUUGGGGAGGAGAAGAAGGAGGCUAUUAGACAGUUAUGUGUUUGGAUUGAUUAUCAUCGAAACAAUAGAAGGGGUUACUUGAAGGAAAUUGUCUCAAGAAAUGGUCGAAACCUUAGGAUUUUGCGAAUUAAGAAGAGCUCAAGUAUGAUGUCGAAUUUUUGUAGGGAAUGA